CAGGCGGAAGUAUAAGAAAAUCACGUGAUAAAGGCAAAAUGGCUGGAAAAGAUGAAACUUUGGAGACUCUUCUCAAUCGGGCAACGAACCCUGCUAUGCGAGACGAAGACUGGGACCACAUCAUGGCAUUUUGCGAUCAAGUCAACCGAGAGUUGGAAGGUCCACAGACUGCCGUCCGACUACUGGCCCACAAAAUACAGUCGCCCCAGGAACGAGAGGCGCUCUUUGCUCUUAGUACUCUUGAAGCCUCUGUGAAGAACUGUGGUAAAAGAUUCCACCAGGAAAUUGGAAAGUUUAGGUUUCUCAAUGAAAUGAUUAAAGUGGUAUCUCCAAAGUACUUGGGCAACCGAACAACAGCGACCGUGAAAAAGCGAUGUAUUGAAAUAAUGUAUAGUUGGUACAUGGGACUGAAACACGAAACAAAGAUUGUUGAUGCUUACAUGAUGUUGAAAGCACAAGGCAUAGUCAAAGAGGAUCCUACUUACAUAGAAAAGACAUUUGAACCAUUUGCAUCAGAGAAACCAAGAUUGGCAUCAUUUGAAGAUGAAGAAAAAUCUAAGAUUUUAGCCAAGCUGUUGAAGAGCCGAAACCCUGAAGAUCUCCAGGCCGCUAAUAGAAUGAUUAAAAACCUAGUUAAACAGGAUAUAGAGAGAUCAGAGAGAGUGUCGAAGAGAAUCAAUGAGCUGGAGACGAUCGGGAACAACGUCAAGCUGUUGAACGAGAUGGUGCUGAUAUACGACCCUAAUACCACAUCGACAUCCGAGAAAGAAAUGAUGAAGGAACUGUGUGAGAGUUUGGAGAAGCUGCGACCGAACCUGUUCCGUCUAGCCAGCGACACCGAUGAUAAAGACAGCGAUGGAAUCAACGAUAUUCUCAAAGCCAAUGAUGCAGUCAUGAAGUGCAUGGCAGAGUAUAAAAGAAAAGUGGAAGGUGUUGUCAGUCAAAACGGAGACUGGUCUUCAAGCAAAGACGUCUCCUCUCUUUUGGACCUGAACUUUGACCACUCCCAGGCUAAAUCCUCCCCAGCACACGCACCCACCGCCAAGCCUACCUCCACUUCAGCGGCCAUUCUCGAAGACGAACUGCAAACAUUAGGUCUGGACGACAAGAUGAUAGGAGGUGGAAUGUCAGACAUGACAGCUGUUGGUGGUAGUGGAAACGUCUUGGAUGAGCUGGGGGAUCUGUUUAGUCAACAGCCUCCAAACCCAGGGAUUCAGUUAGCCGCACAGUCAUCAGUAUUCAGCCCUGCUCCACGAUUCACUAUGGCAUCGUCACAACCGACCAUUCCCGUGAUACCCCCGCAUUUCAACCAGAGUCCCGUACACAGGCUACAGCAUCCGGCCCAGCAGCCCAUGCCGCUCGUCAUGGCAACAGGUCUAUCAGCUUCAUCUACCAUAAGUGGUUUACCAGAACCUAUACAGGCAGUUCCCAUGGCGACGACUAACUCGAUGCCUGUUGCCGCAAAAGAUUCCACAGAAAAGCCUGUAACAAUGACCGACUUGGACCUUCUGGGGCAGAACCUUGUGCAGGAGAAUUUAGCGAAGGAUCCUCAUCGCCAUAUACAUGCCCCAAUACCGGUAUCUAAAGUUCCCAUGAAUCAAAUGAACCAAUCAGCUCCAGUGACUCAGUCUAGCCAAUCACCACAGACGUUAUUAGACAGUGAGAUAUCCACUCAGCCUGUUUCCAUGGCCAGUUUUGUGGCACCGUCUUCACCCCAAGCUGGACUUUUAUCACUUACUGAUGUUUUCGUACCACUUGAAUCGGUACAACCCGCCACUGACUUAGAACCUAUUACAGUGUAUGAUAAAAAUAGCCUCAAGACAGUGAUGCAUUGUGGGAAGGGCAAGCCACGACCUGAUGUGGCUGUUUUUGUGAUAUCAACACUUAGUACCAACACACAUCCAGUCAAACAUUUUGUAUUUCAAGCUGCCGUACCUAAGAUAAUGAAGGUAAAGCUACAGCCACCAUCAUCGUCCGACCUUCCUGCAUUUAACCCCAUCCUGCCGCCCUCGGCCAUCACACAGGUCAUGCUCGUUGCUAACCCAAAAAAGGAAAAAAUUAGAUUGAAAUUCAAAGUAUCAUACGAAUUGAACAAUCAAACAGUAACAGAUUUAGGAGAAACUGACAAAAUUCCCAUACAGUGACGUGUUAUUUCAUUUAGCGUUGGCAUUUACUUUACUGUAUUCAGACUGGCGUUCGGUGAUCACAUCUAGUCUGGAGCAAAAAAAAAGAAAAAAAAAGAAAAUAAAGUCUGGAGCAACUCAAUGGAUCUUUUGCUGAUUGUACCUGCAGAAAGACAGACAGACAGACAGACAAACAGACGUGCUGUGUACACGGUGGUUGCCAUGCUUGUCAAAAUAAGCCAUCACACAAUCAGUUCAUCAGCAGUUGUGACGUUUACGUAGGCUAUUUAUUACAUGAAUAUGAUUUGACUUGAUAUGGCAAAUCAUCUUCGUGGGGUACAGGGCUGGCUAAUUUGGACAGCCAGCCAGCCACCUACUUUAAAACAUAGCAAAUAUUAGGAGUUGUACUGAAUCAGAACAUGAUGUUAGCUGCAGAACUGCUUAUCCCAAAAUUCCUCUUCAGGGAUUCCUGUGACUAGAAUUGUGUAUUGUAUGACAACAACAGUGUACAAAUGGAAAGAUUUAUACCAACUGCAAAAACCCCCACCUAAACAUACAAUACAGGAAUCCAUCUAGUAACGGGUACAUGUUUGAGAGAAUUAAAAUUUACAACUGGAAACUUAUGGCAGUACACAAAUCAAAUUGGACCCAUGCUUACAGAAGUUUAAGAGUGUAGACUCAAAUCUCUGAUGACAUCACACAUAUAUAAUUUGUAUGAUGUUACUUUUUUCUCUAGAGCACAUUGAUUCAUUAAUCAUCUUCUAUUGGAUGUCAAACAUUUGGUAAUUUUGACAUAUAGUCUUAGAGAGGA